CUCUUUUCUCUUAGCAACAGAUGCAUCACGGCAACAGCCUGCCUGGGGAGCUGCAGCUUAGGUUCCUGGGUCUUGUUUUUCUGAGAAGGGAGAGUCAAACUCCAGUCUCCAGCUCCCGAAGGAACUUUUCUCCAGAGCAUUGCGAAGAGAUUUCUUUUCCUUCAGUUUAGCAGUUUCAGAGAGCCAUGGCUCCAAAACCUCAGAGAAAGAAGACCCUGAAACGCGGCAAAACCAAACCAACGUUGCCUGUUAGAGAAGAAGAAGAACCUUUAAAUAUGGAGAGCAUGGGUCAUCCAGAAAUUUAUCCUUUAGUAUUAACUACCAUGACCCAGGAAAUAUUUGAUUGUCGAGUCGAUGAAGAUGUCACAGAUGACCAACCUUAUAAACUUAUCAGAAAAGAAGAUAUUUUGGCAGACUUUGAAAACAGAGCUGCAGUAUCUGAUUUCUACCCAGUCAAAAAAAUUGUUCAGGAAUAUCCUGGAGAUGAGCUUCUGCUUGUUUAUGAUAAGGAUUUCAAAUAUGGACUUAACUUUUACCUUAUUGGAACUGAAGAGGGCAAGGAAAACUAUCUAAACCCCCCAGAAGUACCAGAAGAACAGGAAGAAUAUAAAGAAUAUAUUCCUGAAGAUGUAUAUAUUUAUAAGCCACCUGUCUCUAAACCAUGGGUUUCUUUGGGCAGUGAAAAAGAAAUUGAAGAAGAAUCAGUUAAGGAAUCCACAAAACAGGUCACCUACAUGAUUUCUCGGAAACGAAGUGAUUUUGGUGCCUCAGUUAAGUUCAGCGACCAGAAUGCUUCCACUGUAAAAGACGCCUAUAUUGAAUGCACAGCCUACCCAGAUAAAAAUUUUACCCUUAAGCAACUCGAGAGAGAUGUUGGCAUGCAAGCAGUCCCCCAAAUCAGGGACACAAGUACGCAGACGAGAUGGGCAUAUCCCAAAAAUGCUACUACACAAUAUUAUCCAAGAGAGUUUUCAGAAGAAGAAAAAGACACACUGGGACAAUCGAAGACUCUGACUGAGUUUCUUAACAACGUGUCUAUAAGUGUUGAGAUAGCCCUGCAACAAAAUGAAAUCAUGAAUACAUUUAUGGACGACUGGAAAAGCCUGGCGGAAGAAGAAGGCACAUUUGGGGACAAGACUGACACCCACCUGAAAGAAUACCAGUCCUUCACGGACCUGCACAACCUGGCAGAGAAGAUGAUCACCUGCAUCUGCUGGCAUCCGGUUGUCUGCGGGCUAAUAGCUGUGUCAGUGGCUGUUCGACUCUCCUUUGAAGAAAGAGUCCACUUUUCUGGUAAAUUAUUGCUGCAGCCAUCGCUGAUUCUUUUCUGGAGUUUCUCCGAUCCCAUCCAUCCUCAGCUAAUGCUGGAGAGCCCGGAUGACAUCUUCUGCUUCAAGUUCUGUCCGAGUGACCCUAAUAUCAUUGCUGGAGGCUGCAUGAAUGGGCAGAUUGUCAUGUGGGAUAUUACCGCACAUGCAGAUCGAAUAGAAAACAUCAAGGCAGGUGGUAACAGAAGUAAGAAAGUCACACUCAAGCCUAUGUUUCUCCUUGAACCAGACAGCAACAAAGAGGCGAUGUAUAUCAGGCAGUGUGCAGUCUCCUCGAUAGAAAACGGCCAUAGGAAAGUAAUUACAGAUAUUCACUGGCUGCCUGACACAUUUGAGAUUAACAGAUUGGGUUCCGUCUUUGAAAAUCGGAGUGGAAUAUCCUGUCAACUUGUCACUUGCUCGGCAGACUGCACAAUAUGCUUUUGGGAUAUCAGACCGCAGAAAGCUUUAAGCUCCCAACCACCAGCAGAGAAAAAGAAAGAAGAAAGUAUUGAAAUUCCCUUUGACCUGCCAUCCACUUUUCUGCAUCUAGAUCUCUCCUGGAAGCCUCUCUCUAAGAUAAGGCUGUCUAAAGGUGAAACAACUUUAGACCACUGCCCAACCAAGUUAAGCCUGGGGGAGGACAAUCUCCUUUACAAAGCACAAGACAAAAUAUUAGCCCAGAGCAAAGCAGUGAAGGCAGGAGAAAUGAACCCAUACCAGAAUCUGGAAGGCGGGUUAGCCAAUCAUCUCAAGCCAAUAGACGACUUCUGCACCAAGUUCUUUGUGGGGACAGAGGAAGGUGAAGUGAUAUACACAGACUGGAAAAUGGAAAGAGACCCCGAAACUGGCCGACUGAUGACAAAGAAGCCCGUGAGCCUCUACUCGGUCCACGACGGAGCUGUCCACACGGUUCAGAGGUCCCCUUUUUACGAGGACAUCAUCCUCACCAUUGGGGGUUGGAACGUGGCCAUCUGGAAAGAGGGCGUUACGACUGGACCCCUCCUGCAGUCAUCCUGUGCCCCGAAAAGGUACACCUCGGGGCACUGGUCCCUGACAAGGCCCGGGCUCUUCUACGUCGGCCGAGAAGACGGAUCCAUCGACAUCUGGGACCUUCUGGAGAAAACCCACGAACCGGCCCAGUCGCAAAACAUCUGCAUAACCGCCAUCACCUGCGUCAAACCCUGGGCCUUUUCUGCUAAGCAGCAGCUGAUAGCCAUAGCCGAUUACUAUGGAACGCUGCACAUACUGGAAAUUCCGUGGACAUUAAGUCACCCUUCCAGCAAUGAGGUUGGUAACUUCCGGCUUUGCAGAUUUAUGUCAUCAGAUGCUGCUGAGGCAUAUUUUGCAUCGAGUAUAAGCCACUACUUUGAAAGAGAAGUCAAGCACCUGGAAUAUGUAGAACAGCGCAAAAAAAUUCGUGAACAGGAAAAGAAAGAAAUGGAUCUGGAAUUGGAGAAGAAAAAAAUUAAAACAUAUCAGAAGUCAAAAGAACGAUUGGAGACAGAAUUGAAAACAGACUAUGACGAUUACUUGGAGCUGGAAAAGAGCACCCUCAUCCGCCUUGGGCUUAUCAAAGUGGAGGAAACGGGGUCGCACGUGGAAAUGAUGUAGGAGACCCUGCGGGAGCGGUGUUUGGGGUCUCGCGUGGCCGUCUUUUUCUUCACUAUUGUUUAUGUGAGGUGGACUAGCAAACUAAACAUGAAAAGGGUUUGCGUUCACAUAUUAAGCUUUCAUUUUACUGCUAUUAAAGCUUUUGAAUUAAACAAUAAGGUAUAUUUCAA